ACCGAAACAGCCGCGUCAGCUGGAGGAGACAGCUCAAACAACAUCCUCGGCAAUAGGCAAUAACCCAAAUUCAGAAACAAGGCGUCAAGAUGGUUCGGACAUACCCGUACAACGAGGUGCUUCCAUAUACCUCCGGGCCUCUGUCGUCACCUACCUUUGCCGCCGACCAUCUCAAACAGGUCCUUAAAGAUAUCUACAUUACCCUCGCGGCUGAGGAUUACCCAGCAGCAUAUAAAGCCGUGCAUGAGUUGAAGAAUUAUUUGGCUCUAAAGAACGACUUGUCGCCCGAGGAAAGAGCGAAGCUCGUGCAUAUCUUCUAUGAUGUAUGCAUGCACAAGUCAAUGGAUGCGUCGAGUUUCGCCAAGUUUGCAAGCAUCUUCCAGGAGUUGACGAGGAAGCGGUGGAUGAUUGAGGGAAUACCUGAACUGGACUGGCGCCCGUUACACAAGGAAGUUCUCCUCGCACUGGGAGAAGGUGAAUCCCUGAGGAAGGGAGAGAAGGACAUUGGUACAUUGGUAAAGCUUACGACACAUGCACAGUCGCUUUUUGGUGAGGAGCAGCUCCUGCCAAUGCUGAAGGAGUUCUUGCCUCUGUACAACACUACGAACAAUGCCGACGCGGUCAUGUCAGUAGGUCUGAUGAACCUUUUUCUGCCAACGACUUUCACGGACACUCCGCCGCAAUCAUUUGUCCCGGCAUUGUUCAACUUAUGGAAUCUCAAUCCCUCAUCACCCGUCAUGGAUACCCUUUUCAUCGACUACUUUUCCCGCCUUGCCCGGGAUUCCAUGGUGUCUCAUCAUGUCGUUUUCACCGAGGAACAGAUUGCGAAGGUCUUUGGCACAAUCCUACGCAAUAUCCCUCUGCCGCACUCGUUUUCGAGACCGAAAGGAGGUGAGGAUAGGGCUGAUCAGUAUAUGUAUUCCUACCUAAAAAGGUCGGAGAAUCCUGUGGGUACAUUGCGAGACUGGGCACGUUUUGUGGUGUAUCAGUUCCACGAAGAGAGUGUCUGGAGGAACCUCGAGACGUUCAUUCAUGGUGUGGAAACAUACUUCUAUCCUUCAAACUCUGGCCGAUGGUCAGAUAUCCUCGUAGGAUUCGUCUACUAUUUAACGGAGUUCACUGUACUGCGCUGGAAUAAGGAGAAUGGACAUGAGCCAACUAAAGGGGAGCCCAUGCCCCCGCCGGAGAAGAAGCUCACGGAGGAACACAAAGACCGCCUGGUGAGGUUGCUCCGAGGACCUAUAUUCAUGUCUAUCUACGCGAAGAGCGGCAAUGUGGUGAGCACGGCGCAAUCCGCACUUUCCAGUCUUGCAUACUUAUCGCCAAACUUGGUGAUUCCCGGUGCAUUGAAGCGUUUCUAUCCUUCGCUGAGCGGUCUUGUAGAAACCCAUCGCACAUCAUCAUCACUGGGCUCGCUAAGAGUGUUGGCGAAGACGCUUUGCGCUGAGCCUAGGUGGAGAGCACAUGUUCCUAGUUUGUUGAUGCUUGCACUACCGGGUAUCGACCCCAAUGACCUGGACAAGACAGUUCAGACUCUCAAGUUUAUCGAGGCUGUGAGCAUGCUUGUGCCGUUCUGGGAAGAAAAUGACGGCGAAGAGGGCCUCGCGGACGGUUUCGUCAUGAGGGAUAUCCAGGAGUUCGAAGAAAUGAAGGGGGAUGACAUGCCAGAGGCCAUGGAGGAGAUCGACCUGGACCUUGUGCAGAAGUCAGCUGUGUGCCGCGGCGUUUUGGGAGAGUUCAUCACUGCCUUCUUGGGCAAGCUUUUCAUCCUCUUGGAGAACUUACCUGAAGCAUCAAGCCGCAGAUCGAAACACAAGAGUGGUGAGGACAGGGUAACUAGCGAGUUACCUAUCGUUUGCUUGGCGCUGUUUUCCAGUUUGAGUCCCGAGCUCUUCGAGAUCGCCUUGACGAAGGUUACCCACUUUGUUACAAACACUGUCGUGCACCAUGGUGGCAUGCCUUUUAUGUGUAUUGUAAGCGCACUUGCAAAGGCGAGACCGGCUGAAACAACAGCUAAACUACUGCCAAUAUUCCUGCGUUCAAUCAGGUUUGAGGUUGCUGAGAAUGAUGCUGGUGCAGGCAGAACGACUCUCGAUGAUGACCUUCCAAGGGAUCGUGCGCUGGUCUGGUACUUCUCCUUGCUGAGAGGUGUUCUUGCAGCGUGCGGAAAUCAGGUCAUCAGGCAUGCACCCGACUUACGAGAGUUUAUGACGUGGAUGUAUAGCGAACGCGCCGGAAGUUCUGUUGUUGGUCCACAUCUUGGCAGCUUUCUCUUCGGUCUCUUCCACUCUCUCACUGUCAUAUACGCCGAUGACACACGCCUGAAGAACGACGACAGCCAGGGCUACGACAUCAAUGACUGGGGAGUGCACCUACGUCCUAGAGAUCUUUGCAUCAAAUGGCACGUACCGAGCGACGAGGAGGUUAGUUUCGCGGUCGAGUUAUAUCUGACGCUUGUGGAAAAGGCGUGUGGUCAGCUCGAUGCGUUGAUCAGGGAUGGGGAGCAAGCCAAGGGCAAAGAAACAAGUGACGUACUGAAGUUCUGGCUGAGACUGUUAUCCGAUUCAACGGGUGGUCUUGCAGAUUUGUUCGAUGCUAGCCGUGGAGAAAGUCUCGACCCCAAGGCUGAUGAAGAGAGGAAGGUGCCUCACCAGUACCCAACUGGUUACUUCUUCUCGGGAAACCCCGAUGACGAGAGAUACGUGCGUAUUCACGAGGCGCGGGACAGGAUCGGGAAGACGCUGCACAGCACGCACCAAUUUCUGAUUGCCCACAAGGAAGAUGAUGUCGAAUGCUUUCAAACAUGGUCAAGCUGUCUGAAGACAUGGUUCAUGGACGUUGGUUGUAACAGGACAGUCAAACUCUACAACAGGCUUGAGAGUUAUUACUCGUCCAGUAAACGACCGUUCCAGAUGAGUGGGUUGAGCAAGCCUUUUCCUCGACCUGUCAUGAUUCGCAGAGCCGCACUGUACCAUAUCGAGCUGCAGAGGCACAAUCUUGGGCUGAGGAAACGCACUGAACUUGACACCAUCCUGUUAAAGGAUUUGGCAGGCUCCUGUGUGAGUGUCUACACCUUGACAAGGUUAAGCGCACAGUCUGCGUUGGAGAGUGCUAUCAAGGUGAUCAACGGCACUCGCACUGUGCUUGCGCCGUUUUUGCUUAAUGAAUUGGCCAAGGGUGUUGAGGCCAACAAUCAUGAUAAGGUGAAGGGCGCAGUCUUCACUUUCUUGAUGAAGGCCAUGCACCGUACCGUGACGCGUGAUUGGAGGUUUACGGCCGACUAUGUUCUGAAUAUUCUCAAGUUGAGAGGAAUGGACAAACUUUCGCUGCAGGCUCUCAGUCAGAAGGCGUACGUUGUAACCGUCAUGGAAGUGAAAGCCACGCCUCCUGUCUUGAGACUGCCUGAAACGAUCCUGACUAAGAUUUAUCCACAGGGUGAUGAGACCAAAGCCGAAGUGGACAGGCUUGCUGCAAAAGUUAAGCGUAAGAUCGUACAGAGAAACGAGAGGCGCCUCGAAUUGCGCGAGAAGCUAUUGAUGGUUGCCAAGGAGUCGCACUGGAAGACAUCUGUCAUGGCAUCAGGCAUGGGUUUGGGUUCGCUGGUCGGACCCCAGGAAAUGCCCUCUCCGGAUAUGGUGAAGAUGAUCAUCAAGGGUGCAAUUGAUGAACAUCCCUCUGUCCGUGUGCUUCAUGCGUCUACUCUAAGUCAGACUGUUCAGUAUAUCUGGCAAUAUUCAUUGAGUGACGGCAGCAUCGAGAAGCUGUUGCGAGAUGAGGUCCCUGUCCCGAACUCUGUCAAGUUACCAACACCUCGUGAUCCUGAUUUCACGUUAAGGUUCGUCAAGUCAUUUGGCGAGCCUGUCGGCGAUGUCCUCGUUGAUCAGACAAGAGCUGGAUGGUUGGUGUGGCCCGAUGAGUACGUUGCAUCCAAGAUCCCAGAAGACCAUUUCAUCUUCAAGACGAAUGACGUUACACAGCCCCUCGUCGAUGCACUCGCUGGGCUUGACCAUGCAUGGUUUGAGAAGCUUUUCUCAUACAUGAAGGAGGAACCACGUGAAGGGCAUUCAGAGGUGUUCAGGCCCGUCUUUGCUAACGCUCUGACGUCCAUUCUCGGAUCACUCAGACACUUUCCUGUCUCUGAGACGGCUGUGCUGCAAGAGGUUCAGACGAUGGUAGCCGCGUUGUUGGCCGAUGGUGAUAAGCAUCACCAGCGAGCGGGUAGUGAGGGUCUUGCAGCACUGGUGAUGUCAACCAAGGCUGCGUCACGUCAGGAACAGGAGGAAGUCUGGACCUGGGCUCUUCCUCUUUUGAAGACCGUUUUCGAUGAGAAGUUGACACCUGAGAAUCUCGGUACAUGGACUGGUUUCGUGAGCCAUCUCUUCCACAAACAAGAUCCACGCAGAGCCAUGCCAUUGAUGAAGAUGCUGAGUGAGUUCAGGCUCAAUAUGCAUUCCAACGAGGCAUUCAAGGAGAGCGCUAGGAUUGCUUUGUUAAGGAAGUGUAUGGCUUUGGCUGGGUGGCACUAUACUUUGGAGGAACCCAUCGUGAGCGACUUCUUGGCUCAUCUGGAUCAUCCGUAUAAGGGCGUCAGGGAGGAGAUCGCUAAGACAUUGUGGGUUGUCUACAACCGACAGAGGUAUUAUGCGUACGCUUCCGUUGAAGAUUUACUUGCUGCGAAAAAGCUGGAGCCCGUUCCGCGUGCAAACAACCCGUUGGACGAGGUUUUUGCAAAGAUCAUCCCGGAGUUGCAUGAGCAUAGGCAAAAUGGUGCUGGUACUGAGGAAGCUACGCCCUAUAAAUCGGCUGGAAAGACGCUUGCCAUUUGGUUGAGGGCUGCAAUUACGGCUGAUAAUGCCAACGCAUAUGUUCCAUACAUGCCGAGGAUGAUCCCGGAGGCUCUUCCUAUGGUGGACGUGAAGGAAGAUACGGAUCUACAGCAAUUGACGGCGCAGUUUCUGGUGUCCGUGGGAACUGUGCAGUACCCACCAUCGCAGCAUAAGGAGCUUAUCGGUAUCCUUGCGGAGAUUGCGAAGACGGCUGAGUCGUGGCAUCAUCGUGCCAGAGUCAUGUCUAUCGUGCACGUCAUCUACUUCUCGUCGUUCUAUAUCCUCAGCGAGGAGAACAAGGCGGCGUUGAGGGACAUCAUCAUCAGCCUCUUGGCGGAUUCCCAGGUGGAGGUACGAGAGAGUGCAAGCUUGAUCUUGACCGGUAUCGUCAGGUUGUCGCCAGAUAUCAUCCCAUCUUUGAUCGAGAAGUACGCCGCACAGCUGGAUGGAGUACCUCGUCGUACUUCGCCACCACAUGAGCCGAUCUUGGCAUUGAGUACGCUCAUCCGUUCAUUCCCGUAUGGCACACCUCCGCCUUGGGCACCACCUCUCCUGGCGCGCCUGGCGAGGAUCGGGGGAAGUAACAGUCCUGUCGGGCGAACGAUCAAGAACACCCUGGGCGAAUUCAAGAAGACGCGUUCGGACAACUGGAAGGAGGAUUCCAAGUGCUUCACUGCGGAGGAGCUGGAGGAUUUGGAAGGAGUGGUCGGGCAUAGGAGUUAUUUUGCAUAGAGGGUCAUUCCUUCCCUCAUUAGAAGAAUCCAUUCAUAUUUUUCCAUGUACUCUGGAGAGUAUGCGGUCAUUUGAUGUCUAAGCGAGAUCACCGAACGUUGCUUAAGCUCCCCGCCUACCGAGACACCGU